AUGACGCUGGGCGGACAAGUGGACGAACAGGUCGCGACAGAGAUGCUUCGGACGUUCUUUCGUCACCAGUCCAAGUCGGCGAGGGUGCACCUGGACACCGCGUUCCUUUAUCAGGACCAGAAGACGGAGGCCAUGCUCGGGCGCAUCCUGGAGCCGGAGCAGAGGUCUCGCAUGUACAUUGCCACCAAAGGUGCGUGUCUCGAGACGUCAUUGUCCAACUUGAGGUUGAGUAGCGUGGACCUGUUCUACUUGCACUGGCCGGACCACAGACGUCCGCUGCUGGAGACGCUGAGGGCCUGCGACAGGCUCCACGAGAGGGGGUUGUUCAGGGAGUUCGGGCUGUCGAACUAUUCGGCGGAGGAGGUGUCGAAGGUUUUUGAGUUGUGCGAGGCGCACGCGUUGUUGAGGCCGACGGUUUAUCAGGGGCUCUACAACGUGCUGUCGAGGGCGGUGGAAGAAGACAUGGACGCGUUCAGGGAGCUUGGGCUCCGUUUUUACGCGUACAAUCCGUUGGCGGGGGGUCUUCUUAGCGGCAAGCACAAGAUUGAGGACAAGGAGGUGGUGACGGGUCGUUUUGCAGCAGGGUUGAAGCAAGGAAGGAUAUAUCAGAAGAGGUAUUGGAAGCGGGGUUAUUUCGACGCGAUCGGAUUGAUGUGUGGUUCUUUGGGGGAGGGGGAAGACUUGGCCGGCGUCUCCUUGAGGUGGCUCCUGCACCAUUCGAAGUUGGGAGAAGAGGACGGGGUCAUUAUAGGCCAGAGCAGCAUGGAGCACCUGCGCGCGAAUUUGAGCGCGUUUUCGAUGCCUCCGCUGUCGCCUGAGGUGGUUGACGCGUGCGAUCGAGCGUACGACGUUUGCAAGGCGGAGCAGCCCGCGUACUACCGGUAG